UUGAGAAAACACACUUGUUGCUCAGUUCACUUCCUUCAAUACAAUUGUUAAAGGAAAGCAAGUCAGUCAGGCAGUAACCAAACACCGGGCUUGUUAAUCCAAGCAGUUAAACCCAGGACCAGCUGUACUCAGGCAGUUGGCAGUUUUUAAAAUUUAUUAAAUAUGGAUCUUGGACUUCAUGAACCAUCCCUUAGAAGUUUGAAGGCUCUUCUUAUUUUGGAUCAUGAUGGAGAACGCAUUCUAGGAAAAUACUAUGAUACAAGCUUUCCGACACUUAGAGACCAGAGAAAGUUUGAGAAAAGGCUGUUCAGUAAAACUGUGAAAGCCAAUUCUGAGAUAAUUCUUCUUGAUGGAAUCACCAUCCUGUACAAGUCAAACAUUGAUCUGUUCUUCUAUGUAGUUGGGCGAAUAAAUGAGAACGAACUGGUUCUUCUCUCUGUUCUAAACUGUUUAUUUGAAAGUAUCAACUCAGUCCUGAAAAAGAACUUGGACCGGAAAACCGUAAUGGAGUGUCUACAUUUAGUGCUUAUGAUCUUUGACGAAAUAUGUGAGGAAGGUGUCAUAAUGGAAGAUGAUGUUGAUACAGUUGUUAAAAGAGUUGGACAGAGAACAGACGACCUUUCGUUAUCAGAUCAAACAGUAGCUCAUGUACAGGCUAAACUGGAAGCAAAGUAUGCGUCCACAGCAGCCGUACUGCAAACAGCAAAGGAUCAGUUCAAAUGGUCGAUAUUAAAGUGAUAUCAAUAUUUUUGUGAUUUAUGCUAAAACUGUGAUUGUAACCCCUUGUGUGCUGUGUUUUGUGAUCACUAAAAUAUAGUAUUUUGAACGAAA